AUGCCUGCAGACACUACGGCGGUACUAAAAACACCUUUCUAUGACGACGUGCCACGCGCCUUCAUUCUGGGCGACAACAACGUUAGCGAUUCUACAGCACUCUUUGGUCCAUAUGCCCAAACCAUAUGGAAUUUCGCCGACAAACAUCAGAUGCACUUGAAAUGGAAUCGUGACCUAAGUGAAAACUACACCGAAACCUAUGAACGCAUACAUUCUGGCGAGUAUAAUUUAUCAAUGAAUGGCGCCACAUUGGUGAAACAUGUGACGCUCAACGUUCAAUUCAGCUAUCCACUAUAUUGGGUGAAAAAUUGUGUAAUGGUGCCGCUGGAAGACGAGUUGCCCAAAUACUGGUACAUUGUUUGGCCCUUUGGCCGGUACAUCUACAUGUGCAUACUCUUCGGCAUCUUCUACAUCGCCAUACUUAUGAAGUAUAUUGAAUAUCCUACCAAUGAGCACAAGCCGACACGUUCGAUAAGUCGCAACGUACUGCACAGUAGCGCCAUUCUAAUGUACUGCUCCAACAUGAAUGUACAACUGAAGAAUGCACACGUGCGCGUGCUAUUCUUCUACAGCUUGCUCUUCGUGCUCGGCUUCAUACUCGCCGCCUAUCAUGCGCCCUAUCUGACGGCGUACAAUAUGAAACCGGUAUUCGUGCCGCCGAUAAAUACAGUGCAGGAUCUAUUGGACGCCGACAUACAGGUGUUGAUCACUUUAAGCGACUUUGCGGAAAUCAAACAGAACGGUGUGGAGCAUAUACUCGCUUUAUCGCGCCUAUUGCGCGAGGUGCCAUGA